GGCGCAUUUCCGGCUGGCGCGACGCAAGCGCGAGACUGGAACUCGAGCGGAAAGCCGCCGAGGCGUUGGGGUGGCUGUGAAGGCGGCGCGGAGCGCCGCCGGGAUGGAGAAGCGCGGUAGGGGCGGGAAGGCGCCCUCGGUGUCGGCGCCUCAGCAGCCGCCGGUGACGCCUCGCAAAGAGAGGAGGCCUAGCAUGUUCGAGAAGGAGGCAUAUGCACAAAUUUUAAGAGAAAGACUGAGAGACUCAGUCCAUGAUGUUCAGUAUGUAGAGCCUCCAUUUGAUGACUCAAUUGCUGAUCUAGGUAAAGAAUGGAAGAGUGCCCUGGCAAAACUAAAGUUUGCUAAUUCAUAUAGAAUGGAGCCAUUGAAAAAAUUCCAGGCUCAUUCAGUAGAAACAAAAGUCCAGCAGAUACUAAAGGAAAGUCUUCAAGAUGUCAAAUAUGACGACAAAGUCUUUUCUCAUUUGUCACUUGAAUUAGCAGACCGCAUAUUGUCAUCGGUCAAAGAAUUUGGGUACCACCGUUAUAAGUUCAUUAUAAAAGUAUUAUUUAUUCAAAAGACGGGUCAGGCAAUCAAUAUUGCCAGCAGAUGGAUCUGGGAUGUGGCGUGGGACAGCUGGGUUUCCGCGAAACAUGAAACUGAAACGUUCGUGGCAUUGGUCUUAGUGUUUGCGCUUUACUGUGAAUAGCUUGUUCCAUGGACCAAAGAGUGUUUACUGCUAAACUUUUCUAAAAUACAUGAAAAUUUAUAGACUUGUGAACUUCAGAGUAGUUUUGAUUAACUAUAUUCUUAUAUCUCCAAUUGAAGCUUCUCAAUUGUAUUCUUUUAACAACAAACAAGUAAAAGCUGGAUUUUUACCUUUAUACUUAUAGUUAUCAUAUUUGUUAACAUUGUAUUACCCCAAAGUAUGAGAAGUAUAUGUAUAUGCCUUUUUCAUAUAUAUGAAUGUUUAUAGUGGAUUUAUGGCGAAAUUAUCAUUCUUGUUUUGUGGUUGUGCAGUCACUCAGUCAUGUCUGACUCUUUGCAACCCCCUGGACUACAACACACCAGGCUUCCUGUCUCUUCACUAUUUCCUGGAGUUUGCUCAGGCUCAUAUCCAGUGAGUCGGUCAUGCCACCCCACUGUCACAUCCUCUAUUGUCCCGUUCUUCUGCCUUCAUCCUUGUUAGAUUUAAGAAAAUUAGAAUUUGCUGUGGGAAAUUAGGACACAACCUUGUAAAAUGUCAAAUUAAGUGAAUUUUACAAUAGAUUUUGGAAAACUUCCAAAGGAAGAUAUAUUUUGUAUGCUAUCUUAAUAUACUGCAUGCAUUCUUUUUAAAGAAAUUACCAAGUUUGAAAGAAAGAUGUUGAGAUGUUUAAUACUUCCCUAAGUACUACCUCUCCCUCCAAGCAAAACACUUGAAAGUGUGCAGUUCGUUAGUCUGUUCGUCAGGCUAUUUUCAGUUGCAAGAACCAAAAAAUGUAACACAAUCAUCUUUAAAAAGAGCUAAAUUGUAUCUCCCAGGCCUUUGAUCAGGAUCCGGGUUCUUUUUGUCCUCCUGCUCUCCCCUUGGACGUCUAUGCAGAGUUCUUUACCUUCGGUUCAGUUCAGCCGCUCAGUCGUGUCCGACUCUUUGCGACCCCAUGAACUGCAGCACGC